AUACUACAGCACCUCAUGGCGUCUGAACUGGCGCAAAUUUAAAAACUCACAUUGAACAGAAUGGGUUUCCACUAUUGUACGGAUAUAUAAAAGAAUUCAAAUCAUUUUUGUGAAGCUAGAAGUUCACCUUUAAAAAAUGUGUGAUGUUAUGCCCACUAUAUCGGAGGACGGUAAUUCAAGUCAAGGAGAUCGAGACUCACAAGCAAGUGGAGAGGGAACUAAUGUUGAAGAUAUGCUAUUGAGUAUAUUGGAUGAACGUGAUAGACUAAUGGAAAGUCUCCAUGAUGCACAAGAUCAAUUGGUAUUUACACAGAAUAGACUUGCAGAAGCUGAAAGAGAAAGAGAUGUUUUAAAUAGACAGUUAUCUGAAAAACUUCCUGAAGAUUUAUCUUUACUGGCCAAAGAAGUACAUCGUUUACGUGAUCAAAUUUCUGAACGAGAAGAAGAAAUUGUUGAACUGAAAUCGGAAAGAAAUAAUACAAGGCUUCUUUUAGAACAUUUAGAAUGUUUAGUUGCUAGACAUGAACGUUCAUUAAGAAUGACAGUUGUAAAACGACAAGUAAAUAGUCCUGGUGGUGUUAGUUCUGAAGUCGAAGUAUUAAAAGCAUUAAAAUCAUUAUUUGAACAUCAUAAAGCAUUAGACGAACGUGUACGUGAACGUUUACGUACAGCAUUAGAACGUGGUGCACAAUUAGAAGAAGAAGUACGUUCAUCUGCUGCUGAUCGUGCUGCAUUAAGAGAACAAUUAGCUGCAGCAUUAGCUGGUGUAGCUGCUGCUGCAACAGCAGUUCAACAAAGACAACAACAACAAAUUGUAUCAACUGUGAAUGGGAAUGGAAAUGUUGAUUCUAAUCAUACCACACAAAUCAGUAAAGAUGAUAUUGAUGGAAAUGAUGUAGGCAAUAAACUAGCCUCAUUACCUCCAGGUGGGCCACCAAUCACAUCAAAAGAUUCAAACGAUGAAAGUUCAUCAGCAGUGAAUUCUUCAGAAAAUUCCGGUGUAAAAACAGUUGCAUCCGUUGCUGCAGCUGCAGCGGCUGCUGCUGCGAGUGCUGUAGCUGUUGAACGUAAACUUGUUGAAGUCACUACAAAAUCUAGAGAUUUAGAAGCAUCUAAUACAACAUUACAAAAAGAAUUAUCACGUGCUCAUGAUCAGAUUUCUCGUUUACAAAGAGAAUUACGAGAGUUGGAAGCUCAACGUGAAGAUCAAGAAGCCCGUAUUGCAACUUUGGAACAACGUUAUCUUGCUACACAACGUGAAGCUACCGGGACGUUGGAUAGACUUAGUAGAGCUCAGUCAGAAUUGAUUACACGUGAAAUUGAAUUGAAACAAGCAAAAGAUCAUGCAAAUCAUUUGGUUAGCGAAUUAGAAACAGUACAAAACGAAUUAGCCAUUGUCAAAGUGAAUACAAUGCAACAAAAUGAAAAAGUGAAUACACCUACAACUGUAACAACAACAUCAACUCUAAUGCAUACAGCUGUAGAAAAUGGUGGUGAAUUUAUUGAAUCUAUCGAAAAUGAAACUAUUUCUGAUGAUGAGAAAGCUAUUAAAAACGGCAAAAGUUCUCAUUUAAUUAAUGACAACAACAGUAACAAUAAUAAUCCUAACGUAACAGUUGUUGAUGAAUUGCGUGUACAAUUAUCUACAGCUGAAGAACGUAUUAAAGAUAUGGAAGUUGAAAUGAAUGAAAUCCAGUCAGAAUUACAAAGAGCUAGACAACGUGAACAAUUAAAUGAGGAUCAUAGUUCACGUUUAACUGCGACGGUUGACAAAUUACUAUUGGAAUCUAAUGAACGAUUACAGACACAUUUACGUGAAAAAAUGGCCGCAUUAGAAGAGAAAAAUCAAUUACAUACAGAAUUAGAUCGUCUUAGACGUCUUUUAGAAACAAGUCAAACAGAACGAGAUCGAGCUCUAGCCGAUAUGGAACGAUUAAGACGUAGUUCCGCUACAACAACGCCAACUGCACUUGCUUUACAAGGUGACUCGUAUUCCAGUGGUUCUCAUAGCCUUCGUAGAAUGCCUCGUAAUGCUUCCAGCAGUAGAACUGAUCAAACUCUUCUUGACAAUGAAGAAGCGAAUUUAGAUGAACUGGAAAAUAACAGUAGUUCUCUCAAAAGAAUCCAACGAAAAAUUAGUGGUUCUGAUUGGGUUGAUUCAGAUGGUGAUACAACAACAAGUCCAAUAAGCAGAGGUCCAUCAGAGAUUGGGACUAGUAAUACAGAUGCUCAAAGAUUAGCAUUGUUGAUUCAAAAUCAAUUGGAUGCAAUAAAUAAAGAGAUCAAAAUGAUACAGGAAGAGAAACAAACUGCUGAACAGUUAGCUGAAGAGCUAGAAUUACGUGUUGGUUGUACUGGUACAAAUCGUAAUGACAGUUCACAGGGACAACUAAUCGAUGAUUAUUACAAUCAACAACGUGGCAAUGAUACAAACGAAGCAUAUUAUUAUACUAAUCAAGAUGGACGCCUUAAUGCGAAUAAUGUUAUGCCAAGUUUAUUACCUAAUUUUGGUCCAACUGGUUGGUCACCUCCACCAUCACCAUUAAGUUCCAGGUCAACACCAUUCGGUGGUAUUUCUAGUGAUUCUUUCAGUGGUAGUUUUAAUAAUCCUAAUCGAAAUACAUCAUCGUCAAUAUUAUCAUCUGUGGUAGUUAGUAAAGAAUCUGAACGAUCCAUUCCUCAAUAUGCUGCUCCUACUCCAUUGGCCGUAGAUCCACGUCGUAAUCUUCAACAUCAGCCUAUGCAAUAUUCACAAUCGAGUAGUAAUAGCGGUUUUAUGUCGCGUAGUAGUCAAUUUGAACAACAACGAUCAAUGUCAGCCGCUGGACGUCCAUUACAUCAGAUUAUGCCAAAGAUUAAUCAAAUUGCUAGCUGUGGACUUAAUUGUUUAAACCUUUGAAACGCUUGAUACAUUGAGUCAAUUUAUUUUGCAUGAUUUGCAACGUACAUUUGACUAACUCUGGUUUCAUCUCAUUCGUAUUUGCGUUUGAAUCACACUGCAUCGUCUUCAAAUCAUCAUUCUCUUAAUGAUAACAUGUUUAAUGGGCUUGAUAAUUUGAAUUUAAUCAUCUGAGUUUGUUUGUUCUGUGCCCAGACUACCGCCUUAUCAGUGUUCACUUAAGUUGUUUUUUUUGUGAUAUAAGGUCUUAGUAACGUUUAGCUAGAAGAUAUGAUUUCUUUAUGUGCUGAAAAUAGAUAAGUAUACUGAAAAGUAUGUGUGUGUGGGAUAGAGAAUUAAGGAGGAGGAAAAAGUAAUUGGGGCAGAGGAUAAAGUUCGGACACUUGAAGCAAAAAUGUACUAUAUUCAUAUCUUGGUGUAUUGAUCAACACUGGGAUGUAUUACAAGUACAACGAAUUAAAUAGAGUGAAAUACGCAUCCCGGAUUCCAUUGCUAUUUACAUGCAAUAUAUACUAAAACUUGUGUCAAGGCAAUUUACGUAUAACACCAGACACUGGUCAACUGUAGUCCUGAUUAUUAGCAAUUGUAAAACCUAUACCAAUUAAACCUAUAAAUUGAUGCUAGUGUUCGGUUUCGAAUGCAUUUUAAGUUUUAUAUUGACCCACCAUGUUUUUCGUUUUCUUGUUAAUAUUAAUUUAACGUUUCGUAAAUUGAGUCAAUAAUCGAUUCAAUGAUUUAAUGUACGGAUAGAGUUGUAAAAGGUUAGUCG